AUGAAGAUAACAGUAAAAGAUGUCAACGAUAACAAUCCGAAAUUUCCGAAAUCUAGCUACGCAGUAAGCUUCAAAGAAGAAUCCGACGCGAAAAAUAAGCAGACGAUACCGAAGGCUGUCGAUUCUGAUGAAGGCAAGAAUAGUCUGAUUACGAAUUAUUCGAUCGUGUCUGGAAACGAAGAAGCGAAAUUCGCUCUCAUCCAAGAACCCCCUUUUCCGGCCACACCCAGAAUUCUCUAUCUCCAGAAUAUCGUGAAAUUAAACCGCGAAGAAACCGAAUUCUACCAGCUCAAUAUUUCUGCUACGGAUCAUGGUAACCCUGCGCUGAAAGGUUACCUGACAGUGAAUAUAACCGUAGCCGAUAUAAACGACAACUACCCCACGUUUCAUAUGAGUGUUUAUGAGGCUAAUGUUAACGAAACUGCUCCACCAGGAACGACUGUCAUCCAGGUGGAAGCUUCCGACCUUGACCGCGGUCGAAAUCGGGAUAUUACCUACUCGAUGGAAAAUAACCGUGAUGCUGAUCAAUUCGAGAUUCACCCUUAUACAGGCGUUGUCACCACAACGAAAAAACUGAAAUGCCAACAAAACAAGGAAAAAAGCUGUUUUAUUACUUUGUUGGCUACCGACAACGGCCCUGAACACCUAACGGGACGGGCCUAUCUGAAUAUACACAUUAUAGACCAGAAUGAUCACGCGCCGGUUAUCAAAUUCCAGCACCUUCCUGAAAGCGGCAAAGAUUAUUCUACGGUCAAUGAAAACGCCAAAAACGGGACCUUCGUGACUAUAAUUACGGUCAAUGACCUAGAUGACGGAUUGAACGGUAAAGUGUCUCUUGCUAUCAUCGACGGUAAUCAAUUAGGGCAUUUCAAGCUGAACACUCUCCACAGUGUGAGUGUCUUGGAGGUAGUCGAUAAUCUUGACCGCGAAAAGGUUCAUGUCUACAACUUGACCCUCAAGGCGGUCGACAUGGGGACUCCACCUCUCAGUUCCACGGCCCAUCUGGUCAUUUACGUCAACGACAUCAACGACCAUCCGCCGCAGUUUGACCAACCGAAAUAUUUUGCUGUACUCAGCGAAAGGACCCCUGUCGGAAGCUUCGUCACAGCGGUCAAGGCGAAAGACUCUGAUUUUGGAAUGAACUCCCAGAUCACGUACAAGAUUGUAAGCGGGAACGAGCUUGACUGGUUUCACAUCAACAGCCGAACCGGGCUCGUGACAACCGUUGCGAGGCUGGAUUACGAAAUGAGUCCAGUGAUCAUUUUGAAUAUAUCCGCCCAGGAUGGCGGUUUUCAACCUUACAGCGAAUACACGACCCUUAACGUGACCCUGCAUGACAUAAAUGACAUGCCGCCGACAUUCAAGAAAAACGUGUACGAUGUUAAAAUGGACGAAGGGUUAUCGCCCGGAAGUAAGAUUAUCCAGCUUCAGGCGGAAGACAAUGAUCUUGGACUGAAUGGAAGCUUGCGAUAUAAGUUACACUCGGACGUCAACGAGAUAUAUCCAAACUGUUUCCAUUUAAAUACUACUUCUGGACUUCUCACUACGGCUAAACAACUGGACCGGGAAGAGAACGAGGUGUACACAAUCAAAGUGCUGGCUUACGAUAUAGGAAUUUCUCCUCUGACUUCUACAGCCACUGUUAGCCUAAUGCUUAACGAUAUCAACGACAAUAGGCCAGUAUUUUAUCCGAGCAAGUACUACCCGAAAAUAUAUGCUAAUCAUGAGGAGAAUAAAACAAUUCUAAGGGUAACGGCAACAGAUCGAGACUCUGACAAGUACGGGAAAGUGACCUAUCAGCUCACCGGAGGAGAUGUCGCCAAUUUCCGGAUUGAUCCCGAGAGUGGACUAGUUUCAGUGGUCGGACGCCUGGACCCUUCUGUCCAGGCCCAUUACAGACUGACCAUUUCUGGACAAGAUGGAGGCGGGAAGACAACCCAGAACACUGCGACCGCGAUGAUUACUGUUCUCACCACGAACGACCUGCUUCCUUAUUUUUUAGGACUUCCCUACUCUUUCAGCGUGACUGAAGACAAAGAUACGGACAUGAGCAUCGGCAGAGUAAUCGGUCACGUACGAGUACAGAUCAAGGACCCGACGGCCAACAUAACACUUUCUAUUAUUGACGGAGAUCCAAACGGGGAUUUUAGUAUUGAUCCCUAUCGGGGAAACAUCCGAAUAGCCAAGAAGAUCGAUCGAGAAACCAAGUCUUCUUACACGCUUCGGAUUUUAGCAUCCAGCAACGGCAGGUACGCAGAAGCAGACGCCCGUAUUAAGGUACUGGACAGAAAUGACAACCGGCCCAUGUUUGACAGUGGCAUCGUCGAUAUAAACCUAAUGGAAAAUUGGGCAAUCGGAAAAGAGGUCUACCAGGCUUCGGCGGUGGACCUCGACGACGGUAUCAACGCCAGGGUCACCUAUUCGCUUCGGGUGAAUACCUCCCAUCCGUUUAUGAUCACACACUCGGGAAUGAUAUACCUGAGUCAACCACUGGACAAAU